ACCAUCUCAGCACAACUCACGGCGGGACUACAUUUGACGAAGCUUCAGUAAUGCAUGAUCCGACAACAUUUGGUGAUCUGAGCUAUGAUUAUGAUCUACACUGAUAAAUGUGCUACUCUGAUAAUGUAUACAUGUACAGAGAUGAUUUACGGAGUGGGUGUUCCCCGGAGCAUCGUUGUGUGAAAUGUGACCGAAAGUUCAUGACAGCAUCAGCUUUGAUAUCACAUGAUAAGUUCUGCUCUCUGUUACAAAUGCGACCUGACAUUCUUCCAGAAAAUCCUCUCAAUCCUCGGCUGCGCUCUGAAACUCCUGAGAAAAAGAUAGCCAUACAAAUACGAAAGGAUUACAAGAAAACUAUGAUUCCUCACAGCCCUAACAAAACUAAUCGUGAAGAAAGUCCACAGAAUCAGAAAACAUUUAAGGUUCCUGAAAUUCCUAAAGAGCAAGAAAAAGAAAACCAACGAAAAAUUGAAAUGAUGAUGAGUGAAUUCUGCAACAUGACACGUCUAACGUGUAUUCCAUGUGAGAAACGUUAUCAAACAAUCACAACACUAAAACGCCAUGCCUCUCAACACUUCAGUUGGACACGGUUUGCAUGUAAACAAUGUAAGUUCAGAAGCUACCACAAGUAUGAGACUGUUCGUCACUGUAUUAGUGAUCAUAAAGCUAAUGAACAUAAUGCUGGAACCAUGAUAAUAGAUGAUGAAAGUUUUGGCCCCUUAAGGUAUUUUUUAGCUAGUGAGGAUGACACCUCAGUUUCUUCAGAUAUAGAUGAGUUAGACAGUCAUGCAUCACGUUCGAGAAGUACUUCAGCUUCUUCAGACAAAAUCUCUACUGGCCACUUUAAUGAUAUUAAGAAUUCAAAAGAAAAAGGUGAGGGAAACUCAGUAGACAUUAGGCAAACUGUUGUAAUUAAAGAAUCUGUAAAUAUGUCAGAUGCCAAAGAUAUUUCUAAUGACAUACAAGCAACGUCAACCAAAGAUGAAAAUGAAGUUUCUAAGGAUAACAUUACAACAGAAGAAUCUUCAGAUAAUGUUAAACUAUCAGAUGUACAAGACAAAGAAAAAGACCCUGACUAUAAAGAUAAGAUUAAAAUUGAAUCUAUAAAUCUUACUAAAUUUGACACUUCAGUGGACAGUGCUAAGUUUUCAUUACAAAAUACUGAUGGAAAACUCUUAGAAACUAAUACAACCGAACCCUUCAAUUCACAAAGUUUAAACGUGGCUGAUCUAGAGCAGUCAAGUGUAAGAAAUGUAAGAAAUUAUUUAAGUGAAAAUAAAAAUUGUGAAAUUGAGACAGUCAAUGAAUGUAAACAUACGAAAGAAAGUACAAACAUAAGAGAGUAUUUUCUCAGGGGUUUAACAGAAUCAACAAGUAACAGAAAUCAGGUUUAUGAAGACGCAGAGGAAGCAAGAUUUGAAAGACCACAGAGAUUAAGACGGAGUGUAGAACAAAAAGAUUUCAUUUAUAACAUUAGAAUUUCAGGACUCCAGAAAUCAGAAAUUGAUGCUGGCAAACGCUGUAGCCCACUCAAAAAAGAUUUGGAGUGUAAAUCUAAUGGCAAACAUGGGACAAGGAGAAAGAAUUCUUUUUCAAAAAGUGAGAUGAUCUCUAAGAAGGUAAAGGUCAAUGAUGAGGGUGCUCCUCGUGAAGCAUGCAAUGGUGAUACUCAACUUCACCUGCAGAACAAGUGUGAACAUGUACAAAACAAGUGUGCUUCUGUUCACUCAGACACUUCUGACAAGGGUAGUAGUAGCCACUUAAUUUCUACAAACACAAACAUUGAUUCUUCAAAGCAACUUGAAAUUGAAGAGGAGCAUGUGCAGUUGGAACUGUUAGAUAGUGAUAGCAGCUACUGCCAUUUGUCAAAGAAAAUGAAUGCCGAAAAUCCUUUCGUAAACAGCAAACCUGAUAGUAGUAAUAAUAAUUCUAAAUCAGUUUUGCUGAUUGAUAGUGCUACUACCAAAACAAUACUUAUAGAAUGCCAUGAAGAUGGCAGUCCUACCUUAAGUUCUAGUACAAUGGAGAAGAAUGUUUUAGAAGCAGAAUCUGAAACCAACAUACAAGUCAUUGAUGAAAAGUUGUUAGAGACGGAUAUUGUGGAAGGCAGCCCGAUUGCAACUCACAUUUUUGAGAAUGGCAGAAAUCAAGAAUACAGUAAUGAAGAGAAAAGUAACAAAGUAACUCAGCUUGAUAAUUGUGAAGAUAAGUUCUGGGAGGAUGGAAAGGUGAAGAAUAUUGAUAAAGACAUUAAUCUUGAAGAGCAGAAGCCAGUUCUGCAAACAACAAGGUCAUUAAAUGUCCCAGCUAAUAAUGACUGAAAUUCCUUUUCAACUGGCUAUGCAAAGUAUCGACAUGACCCUGAUCCUUACGUACCUUCUCUCUCCCUCCUUUUUUAUCAUGAUGCAUAAUAUAAAGAACCCAUUUCAUCCUGAAAAUCAUUCAUUGUCGUUUAUAAUCAUUUUCUUUCUCCAUUGAUAUUGCAUUUUUAUGUUUUUUAGGACGAUUCAUCUUGAACUUUUAUUUUUUACUUUCAGUAUACAAUAUUGUGUUCUAUGAAAGAAUUCAGUUUAUUUUUUAUAUACAUUAUAUAAACAUUUAGACAUUUAAAUUUUUCCUGGCGUGUAAAUAUAAACGGAAAAAGCUGUUCUCAAAUGCUUUAACAAAAAUUUACUAUAUGUACACUGAAUUUGUUUUGAAUCUGUGAUUUAAACGAUGUGCAUCAUUUAUUGGUGGAGACUAGUGCUGCCUUUCUGGGCUUUUUUUUUUUUUUUUUUUUUUUUUUUUUUUUUUUUUUUUUUUUUUUUUUUUUUUUAGUGAAAAAUUUUUAAUUUCUCUGGUGAAAGGUAUUAUUCAUUCCCUAGAUCAAUUUAAUUAAUAAUUAUCCUUCAAAUUUUCUCCACCUAGUCAUGUAAAUCCAUGCCAUAUUUUUUUUGCAAGAAGCAAAAUAACAUCUGUUAUUAGGGUAGCACGUAGUUAUGCAUAUUUACCAACUAAAAACGUUUAGAUAAAGAUUACUAUUUUGAUAGAGCUUUUUCGCAUUUUUUAAAAUUACGUGGGUAUGAAAGAUUUUUUUUUUACUGGACAGUGGGUAUUUGUUAUCAGUUUUUAUCCAUGCCUACAAGUACAAUUUAUGUAAUCUUUUUGUACAUAUGAAAAUUCUGUAUAUGGAACUGAGAACUAUAAUAAAUAUUAAAUGCAA